AUGGCUGCGGAGUCCGAGAGGCCGCCCUACCUCAACGGCGCCUCUGACGGGAACAGAGAUGCAGAUUCGGACCCGGCGCAGCGGUCGGGCGCCGAUGGUGACAUGAAGGAACCGCUGCGGCCGGCCGCUGUUAGAUCCCAGCCUCAGGCGAUGUCCCAAGUGCCAAAACUCACCCCCAGUUUGCGGACCUCGCCUAACCCGGCGUCCGCCUCCAACUCGGUCGUUUCCUCGCGCGAAAACUCACCCGUUCGAUCUCGUACUGCACAUUCUCCAACGGCCAGCCGAGUGCCCUCUCAAACACGCAGAGGCAGUCAGAGUCAAGAUCGCAGCAGUCCCACCCGGUCGACCAGUCAGACAUCAGGACGAACUACACCAUCCCCGACACCGGCUCAGCUGGGCAACACCCCCGUCCUUUCUCCCUCGUCUACUACCGAACCACCAGCCAAUGUUCCCGAAAAGUCCAACAUGCCAUCAUGGGCUGGAAGUCGUCGCCCGGAUCAAGAUCCCAACCUGCCGAAUACCUCACACAAGAGAUCCACGCUACCGCCGUCGGAAGAGCAUGGUUCCAAGAUUGACCGCAGCACAACCCGAGCAGUGACAAGGGGCGCCAGUGGGCCAGGAUCCUCUCUGGAAACGGUUCAGGAGAUGGCAAGUAAUCCGUCCACUCCGUCCAGUGAUACCCCCGUCAAGCCGGUGACCCCGGAAGAGUCCCGGUUGGACAAGAUCGAUGAAGAUGUGACCCCACGAGCCUCAAAGCAGGGCACGGAAAGCGGCAGCGAUAGUGGUGGCAACCGCAGCUCGGGGACAAAGGAGGAAGAUCUACAAGGACGUCCUUCAGGCCCGGCGAAAACAUCUGGGACUAUCAUGCCGCAACGGUCGUUCACUUCGCUUAGCGCUGGCGCUCGCGGGAAGCCCGCCGACGGCUCAGUCCGCAAUAUGAUCGUCGAAACAGAGACGGUCAGCUCAAUACCUCAAGUGUCCUUGGGAGUCCCGUCCGGUGAACGAGGCAAUGCCGGUCGGUCGGAUCAGGGUACUCUGCGCAUGAAACCAUCCACUGAGACGAUCCGGCCUCGCAAAGACAAGAAGAAGAACAAUCGUCGAGCAAAUAACUUGACGAGCGGUCCGCUGUCAAGCAAGGCAGAUGUCUUCGAAGCCAAGGUUGCCAGUGCGGUUGAUGAGGCUGAUGCCUCCGACUCGGAUGAGACCUUCGUUUAUGAAUCCAACCCACCCGAUCCCUAUCCUCCUCGACAAAGCCGAUAUCAUUCCCGCACGCCUAGCGCCACCUCCAUGGCGAGUCAAGUGGACCAACUGGCUGGUCGUGCACGUGGGGGCAUCCGAGAUGGCGCCCACAGUGUGACAGGCAAGCGUAGCAUGAAAUUCACGAACAACACCUACAACAGCAGCGUCGACGGCGAAGCUGCCGAGGCCGAUGGAAACCGAAACCUCUCGAGAGUUGACGCAAGCGGGACGCUGACUCCACGACAUAAUAUUGGCCGUCAUAAUCGCAAUGCAGUGCAUCCGUCCCUUUUUGACGGCGACGCGCCUUUUCCCCAGACUCAGUCUCAGGUCAAAUCUCCGCGGCAUUUUAUUGGGGGUGGAUACCGGCACUCGAGGCACAGCAAUAAUCGCGCUUCUCCCAACUACAAGACUAUCAACCACUCCAAGAAGGCGGGCGAAAUUUACGGAUAUGACUUCGAUGCGGAGGGGGCGGACGACGAACGCACACCCUUGGUGGGAACACCACGCGCCAAUCGCAGCCGUGGCCGGCGGCCGAACAGCGCCAGUUUGCGCCAGAUGGAGUACAUGGCGCAACGACAACGCGGAUAUCUUUCACGAUAUAGCUCAUGUGUGAUUUUCAUCUUGUUGAUGUUGAUAGUCGCGGUUGGUGCUGCUUCGUUCAUCGUUGCGGCCACCAGGCCCUUACUCGAUGUUGAAAUCAUUGCCGUUCAGAACGUGCUCGCCUCGGAACAGGAGAUUAUGCUGGACCUCAAUGUCCAUGCAGUUAACCCGAAUCUUUUCCCUAUGAUGAUUGACGACACCGACUUUAACAUCUUUGCCAAGAGCCGAUAUGUCGGGACAGACAAGCUCUGGCGGGAGCAUGGUCCAGAUGGCGGACUCGACCGCUUUCCGCGCGUGGAACAAAGUCAACGCCGCUGGAAAAUGUCGCAGAUGGUGCGCUGUUUGGGUAGCAUGGACUGUGUGAAGGACGCCAUGUCCGGUGCAUCACAUAUCGACGGCGGCGUUGACAGAGGCACCGAUCCCAUCACGGAUCCCAGUGGGGACCCACAGACAAUGUUACUCGGCCGCGUAUUCCACUUCGACUCGCCCCUAACUUUCGAGGCAUCCCCCUGGAACCACUUGGGCUCCAAUUCCAAGGGCCAAAUCCGUCUCGCGCGACCCGGCAACAAGACCGAAGAAGGCGGCACAGAGCGCUGGGAGCGCGUCCUCCAACACCCUUUUGAGCUGAUCGUCCGCGGCGUGGUGAAGUACCAGCUCCCGCUCAGCUCUCGCUUCCAUUCCGCAUCCGUCAGUGGUAGCGUCAAAGUUGUCCCGGAUGACGAGGACCACAAUACCCCCGAUAAUUCCACCGCGCGCAUCUCCUCACCCAGCAGCUUACGGUCUAUUCGCCUUUUAGCCUCAGACCCUGGCCGUCAUCUUCCAAGGAAAGAAAGCGGCGUAUCUCCACGACCAUUCACCGCAUGA